AUGGACACUACUGUCGCAAUGUCUGGAACCACUCCGUUUGGCGGGACGACAACAACGACAAUAACCUAUGAUCUCCAGAGUUCAGGUACGUCGGACAUGGAGACUUCGAAAAUGCAAACGGGGAGAAAGCCGAUGGAGGAAUCAAUGUCUAGCAGUGCACCACUACAGACGAAAACCUUGUCACCCAUAACUGUAGAGCAGUCAACGUCCAAAGCGCCGACGUCGAAGGAGAGAACUGAUUUGCAAAACACGUCGAGGAGGCAAUACACCUCUAAGCGAAUGACACUGCGGAGUGGAGCUUCGUCAUAUAACACUAUAGAGGAAGCGACCUCCAGUUCGCCAACGCUACCUGCCAGAAUCGCUUCACGUAGUACUGUGAGAGAAGCUAAUUCUAGCAAGAUAUCAGAAAGUACGAGUGUUCCAGAAACUACACAUGCAGAGGAAACGACGUUAAAAGCACCGCUAUCGAUGGCUACCGCAUCGCAUAGCACUGUGAAGCAAUCUCGGUCUAGCAAAGUAACGAAUCAGGCAAUUACAGAAUUCACAGAUGCGGUAUACGAUUGUAAUAAACAAUUGCGAACAGGAACACUGUGGUACUUCACGAUGACCCAAGAUUGGUUGACGAAAUUCCUCAAUGAAAGCAACGGCUGUCCUAGGAAAUGUUGGGACCAUUCGAUAACUGAAACAAUCACAAGGGUACUCAACCCCAAAGAAGAUUUUUGUUUCAAUGCUCCCUGCCCCUGUAGGGUUCCAAAUUAUUGUAACCAAAAAAGUUUGGAAAAAGGAGCAGGUGUAUGGAGGACCGGAUCGCAUCCUUUCUUGCCUCGCCUAGGUCAUGAAUCUGUUGGCAAUAUUGUUAUUGCUGCUGUUUCUUGUGCACAUCAAGAGAUCACUCCGAGUAGGGCUUCGACGAAGAACACAGGAAACACAGCGACUGAAGGCAAACUUGAUGGCUUUACAAAUAUGACAAACACAAGUACGAUAGCGACAGAAAUUGCAAUUACAAGAACAUCAAAACACCAAGCUAUCAACCACUCGACAGCUCCGUCUCCUUCAACGCAGAAAGCGACGGAAUUCACCACGAUGAAGACGACGGACACAAUGCCUGAAACUUCUCCGCCUGAAAAGAGGACAGCGACGACAAUAACAUAUGAGCUACAAAGUUCGGGUGUUUCUGACAUGAAGACUACUAAAAGGCAAGCGGGAAGAAAAAGGAUUGAGGAGUUGAUGUCUAGCAGCUCACCAUUACAGACGAAAACAUUGUCUUCGAAAACUGUAGAGCAGUUAACGUCUAAGACACCGACACUACCAACGGAAACUGCGUUGCAUAGCACGUUAAAAAGGCAGUCUACGUCUGAGAAGCUGUCACAGCGGACUGAAGUUUCAUCCUAUAGCACAGUAGAGGGACCAACUCUCAGCACGUCACCUGUGCCUACCGAAACCACAUCACAUAGCACUGUGAGACAAUCCACGUCCACCAAUCUGUCACAAACUACGACGAUUUCAGAGUCCACAGGUAGGUUAGGAAAGUCUGUAGCGAUUGCAUUCGAUAUUCUGUCUACUCCUGAAGAGUAUUAUAACAUUUCAGGCCAUUGCGAUGAGCAACCGCAGGCAGGAAGUCGGCCGUAUAUCAUAAUGACGCGAGAUUGGGCUUUCAAGUUCUUAAAUUUUCCCAAUGAUUGCGAUAAGUGCAUAGACCAUUCAUUGGAAAGAGCAAUCAUGAAAGUGCUUGGUCAGAGCUUUGAAGGACAGGAAUGUAUCGAAGCACUUUGCCCUUGUAAGAUUCCAAAUUACUGUAGCGGAAAAAGCUUUGAAAAAGAGACAGGUGCUCGGCUAGGUAGAUGGCUUUCCGGAACCUCUUCUGCUUCUGAUGAUGGUAACAGUCUUCAUGCUGCUCGUGUUUCUUGCUCACACUCACGUAAUCAAACGUCGAGCCCAAAACCAGAUAGAAUUUCAACGGAAGGAGGAGGAAGCACUACGACUGAAGACGGAUUAGACAGCAUUACAAAAGUCACGAAUACAAGUACAGUAGCAGCAAAAACCACAUCUGCAGAAAGGUCAAGUCAUCAAGCUAUUCACCAAUCAACUGUCACAUCAACGGCAGGAUCUCAAAUCACAUCCAGGCAUCCACCACAUCCGUCAUCUUCGACGCUGAAAGCGACGGACUUCACCACGAUGAACACGACGGACACAAUGCCUGAAACUUCUCCGUAUGGUAGGACAACGCUGACGACAAUGACACAUGAUCUUCAGAAUUCAGGUGUGUCCGACAUGGCGACUGGGAAAGUGCAAACGGAAAGAAAGCCAAUGAAGGAAGUGACAAGUACGGUAACAACAAAAAUCUCGACUGCAAGAGAAUCAAGUCACUCAUUCAUUCACCAUACAGUAGUAACACCAACGGCAGUAACUCGAAUUACUACGGAACAUCCAUCAGCUCCGUCACUUUCACUGCACGCUACAGAAGAAUCCACAAGAGUGAAACUAACAGAGACCAGCAAAAAUCCAAAUCUGUUGCCACAAGUUUCUAGAGAAGAACAAACAACUCAUUUAACAAGUGUUGAACGAAGAAGCCAAACUCAACUAUUGUCAUCCACUGCGCCCAAUGAGACUACCAUUAGUUCACUGAGAGGAAGUACAUCAUUUCAUCCAUCAGCCUCGUCUAUCGUAUCAAGGACCAACAUUUCAGCGGCUACAGAAAGUCCAAAUGAAGUCAAAUCUUCUUCGCAAUCACAAGUUUCAGCAACUUCUAGAAGAAGCACUUUGUUGGGUAAGAUUUUAAGCAGCAGCACAGCAGUGAAGAUAAGCCUAGAAACCGAGUUGACAAAAGGCGAUUAUUGGGAUUAUGGAGACCUCAAAAGUGAAUACGGUUGGACAAAAAGUACCACUAUACCACUAAGGAAGAAUUCAUCGGAAAGUCGGAGCAUACCCUAUAUCAUGACCUCUUCGUCUGAAGGCUCGCACUCGCUCGAAAGAGAAGGAACAUCUGUAGGUACACGUGAUCGUACGAAAACCUCAACAUUUUCUUCUCCUGCAUCCAGCACGUUACAACCAGCGACGGAGCACUCCUCGCUUAGUGCUGAAGAAGAAACGACGACAAACACAUCCCCACUACCGACGGAAACCACGACGACUGGGACUAGUAGAACCUUACAGCUCACCACGACUUCCGCGGGAACUAAGAUCGCUCCUUCUAUCAUGAGCUCUUCAUCUAAAGGCUUGCAUCUGCCUGAAAGAAAAGAUUCGCAGUUAGCGACGCAGAAUUCUAUCGAAAUCUCUACUUUGACGUCUCCCCUUCUCCACAAGUCUUUAUCAUCAGAAGAUAAUGGUGUGAUGUCUAACCCAAGAUCUGAAACUUCUGCCUCUGGAAAGGCAAUACCGACGACAAUGACAUCUGAUCUUCAGAGUUCAGAGGUUUUUGACAUGGGAAAGACGAAAACGCAGAUAGGUAGAAGAUCGAUGGAGGAAUCGAUGUCUAGCAAACUGCCACUGAUGACGAAAGCCUCGUCGCAGGGUGCUGUUGAAAGAAUAACUUCCAACGCGUCACCAUUACCGUCAGAACCUGCAUCCCAUAGAAUUGUGCGCUUAACUAAGUCCAGCAAAGUGCCACAAUGGACAGAAGCUUCGUCCUAUGGUACUGUCAAAGAAAUGGCGUCUAGCAAGAUGGCCCAACCAACGGGAAUCUCUCUACUUAGCACUGUAAGAAAAACUACACACACGCGACCACUACCUACGGAAAGCAAAUCGGACAGCGUUGCAUCAGAAAGUACAUACAGCGAAAUUCCACAAGCUACAAAAACCUUGUUUCUGAGCACUGGAGAGGGAACGACGUCUAGUAUCCUGUCUCAAAUGUCAGAAACGGCAUCAGUGAGUCAGCCUGCAUCCAGCAAUGUGCCACAACGAACGGGAGCAUUACCACACAGCACAUUGAGGCAAUUUACAUCCGCCACGCCCUUACCGCCGACAGAUAACACAUCCCCUAGCGCUGUGGAGGGAGCGGCGUACAGGACGCGACUACCACCAAUGGAAAUCUCAUCAUCUUACCCUAUAAGACAUACCACUUCAGGCAAGCUGUCACCAUCGACAGAUACUGCAUCGAGUAGCACUGUAUCAGAAGCUAUAUCCAACGAGAUGGUACAAACUCCCGAGAACUCCAUGAUCAGCACUGUACCAGAAGUGAGGUACAGCAGGAGCAUACCACCUACAGCGACAUCAUCGCAUAUCACUUCUGUAGAGGAAGUGAAGUCAGUCUCGCCAUCAUUAUCGAGGGAAAGCACAAUGUAUAGUCCUGGUUCAGGAGCGAUGUACAGUACGCCAGUAUUAGUAUCGGAAACAGCACCUAAUAGCAAUGCAGAGGAAACAACAUUCAGAAAUAAACUACCAACGACGAAAGUUUCAUCGGAGAGCAAGAGCUUGGAGGGAGAUGACCCAGUGAAGGUUAACGCUGAAGCAUUUUCUAUUAGUGUCACGCCAGAGUUUAACAAACCUGCGGAAACUAUGCCUUCAACACUUGAAACAGUGAACUCGACUCAGGUAAAGGCAACAACAAUCCAAAACCCGCCAGCCUCUGUGGGCAUGUCCGAGGAUUCUCACAGUGUAAGUCAGGAAAUGAGAUCAUCCCUUCCAGGAUCUACCAGAGCAGAAGGCAUGCAGGCUCAAGGUCCUGGGGAUUUUCAUGCAAUUUCAUCGGCACACACCAUGUCAAAGUUUAUCUAUGCAACAAGAUGGAGCGCUCGGAAAACUACCGCUACUUCCGAGGUAGAGGGAUCAAGCGUCACACCAUUCAUUCCACAGUCCAGCUCAAAUGUGAAGUCAUCUCCAGAAGAGAUUCAUACAUUACCUAGAAACUCCGAGAAAACAUCUAGCAUUCCCUCAUCGAUGCCUCAUUCAUCUAAAGAUCACAGUUUCCGAGGUACAUCUAUUCAGGGGACCAGUGCUGAGGCAUCUGGUAAUAUAAAUUUUCUAACACGGAAACAUGAAUUUACCACUGGAAAUCCAUCAACAAAAAUGGAAAAAUCCUACAGUUUACGGUAUCCUGGUAAAUUUAAUCUCACAAAUAACGAAACAGUUUCGCAGCCGACUACACAAGGCCCGAGCUCUUUGAAAGGGCCUGCUAAUUCAACAAAACCUAUGCAAACGGUUUCAAGUGAGUGGUACAAGAAUCCUUAG